AUGCGAAUACUCCGCAAAACUUUGGCCGUGGCGCCCAUGAUUCCCACCAUGACCUACACGAGGAUCACCCAGCAGAGCAACGGCUCUCACGACACCAUCCUCUUCAACCGCCCCUGCCCCGCCUUCCGCUGCAACGCACGCUACUGCUCGAGAAUUCUCAAGAAAACCCUUAUGGCGGUUUCAUUUCCUCCCACCCCUCCAUCCCUCCCCACCCUAUCCCGCGAGCCCCCAUACCCCCCCUCCCUGCACUCCCCACAUCCCUCCCUCGUGCCUCUCCCCCCUCCCUGCACUCCCCACAUCCCUCCCUCGUGCCUCUCCCCCGUUCGUGCAGCAGGGCAACAACACCGUCAUUCGCAUCCGAUAUGGAACUACGGUCGCCGUGAGGAUGAUCGCUCACGGCGCGAACGCUCACGUGAGCGCGGGCGGUCGUUGGAGAGGUCACCGCGGAGGCCUGAGCGCUCGCCACGGAGGCCGGCCUUUCGCGCAGAUCUGGUCCCUCUCGCGCCAGAUCGCCGAGGAGAAGGUGCAGAGCGAGAAGGAAGAGGCGGAUUCGAGUCCGUCGGGAUGGGAAGUGACCCGUGGCGGACGGAUGCACGACACGGAGCUGGUGGCGAUCAUGGGCAUCGCCAGGACACGGGAGCGUAUCGCUCGCCGGAAGAGGGUUACCGCCGUCGCGAAGAUCGGAGUCGCGGGCGUGGCCUGGAGGAAUUUUUCUCUGGUCGGCAGGGAGACCUCGAUGUUGACGGAGAGGACGAGGCCGACACGGCGAAUAAGGCGCAGGAAACGAAUCGCGAAGGCGAGGCGAAGGGCGAUGACGAAGCCCAGGAAGAAGGCGCAGGCGAGCAGCGCGAAAUGCCCGCUGGAGUCAAGGAGGCCGAUUCGACGCAGGCGGGCGCGGCGGCGGAGCCAAGCGCGGCGAAACCGGACGGGACGAAUGGUGCGUGGAACCAGCCGCGUGGCGAAGAGAAGAACGACGGCGGGAGGCGUAGCAGUGGCCCGCGCUCACCGAAUCCGCGUCAGCACCGUGACGAGAAACGCGGAGGCGAGGGGCGCGUGCCCGAUCUGCGGCAGCACCGUGACGUGGGGCGCGGCGACGGCGCGCUCGCAUCAGGCCAGCGACAGCAUCGCGAUGGGGGGCACGCUGGCGGCGCGCGCUCGCCAGAUCCGCGGCCGCAGCAUGACGAGAGGCGCGAAGGCGGCUACCGCUCGCCUGAUCCGCGGUCGCUGCAUGAGGAGAGGCGCGGAAGCAGUUACCGCUCGCCAGAUCCGCGACAGCGCCACGCGAAGGUGGCUAUCGCUCGCCUGACACGCGAUGGUACCAUGGAGGGAGGUGGGGAGGUGAGGCGCGCUCGCCAGAUUGGCGUCAGCGACACGAGGAAAGCCAGGGAGGCAGAUACCGCUCGCCGUCGCGGCAGCGGAGCAGGGAUGGAAGGCAGGGCGCUGGGUCUCGCUCGCCUGGGCGGUAUCGGCAGCGUGACGAAAGACGUGCCGGUGAAGGAGGACAGGAUCAACGCGGCAGCAGAGUGGGAGGCAGCGGGCUGA